CUGGCUGAAGUGAUUCAAGUAUUCACGUUCUCCUUACUGGCCCGAUCGUUUAAGGAUAUAUUCUCAUUUAAUAAACAUCAGUUUUAAUUUGAUUAGGCAAUUUGUUGUAAUUUGUUGCUUGCUUGGAAAGAUGGCCUUCGCUAGUGGAAAGUGGUACCUGACAUCGUCCGAAAACUUUGGGGCCUACCUCCAAGCUAUCGGAGUGAGCGAGGACAACAGGAUGCGAGCAUGUUCUUUGAUGGAACAGACAGGCGAGCAUGGCUUCGUGGAAGAGUUCCUGAUAGCGAACGAUGCCAUCAAGAGGAUCAUCUACAUCGGUGGCGAGCAGCAGGGCGAUCCAACUCCGUUCGUGCCAUUCAACAAACAACUGGACGCCAAUGCCCUCGACGGCAGGAAGAUCAAGGUGCUGCUGAAGAUGGAGGAGGAAAAGUUGAUCCGUGAGGAGAGCGGGGAUGGAUACAGCAGCCUCAUCACCAACACCUUCCAGGGCGACGAUAGGGUCAUGGUCUUGAAAACUGGUGAUGUAGUCUGCACUAGGAAGUUCAGGAGGUGCCUGUGAGACGUUCCACACCUUUUAAAGAUGUUUUCAUUUGAAUAUUUCCAUACUCUAUGAAACGCUUCCAGACUUUAUAAAAUGCUUCCAAACUUGCUUCCGAAAUUUGUUUUAUAGAAUUAUUUCUUUGUUGGCUGGUAAUCUUUGAUUACGGGAUACACGUUAAGUACCUGAUUCAUGAUAUCUCAUUAUAUAAUUUGUAGGUGAGUUUACGUGAAAUUUUUAGUAAAAAUUAGAGUUUAAUGUUUCUGUAAUAAGUUAAAAUAUGACAUUUGAAUGUAUAAUGAAUUGAUAAUUAAUGAAAUAGAUUGGUACUAAACUCUAAUGGAUGAAUAAAUAAACAACAAAAGAAUGAUUGCUAUUCGAA